UGCUGCAGUGAUAUGGGUGGGUGGCAAUUACUCGACCGACAGGUUAAAGUAGAGAGGGCCAGCAACUCUGCGAGCUCUUCGGUCCCAUUCCUUCCCCACCCCCCACUACGGUUUUACCUUCACCGGUUGCCCAUAUAACUCGAAGCAGCAGACCUUUGAACGCCCAUCACUUUCCCCUUCCCUCGCUGUUCUUCUUGCUGUGGCUCAGAUGGCUCAGGGAAGAGGCAGUGCUGGUGGCCAGGUGACCGUGGUUCUCGGGGUGGCAGUGCUCUGCCUCCUGCUUGCUCAGGUCGCGGAGGCCGCAACCUACACCGUCGGGGACACCCGCGGCUGGUCCUUCAACAUGGACAGCUGGCCUCGCGGAAAGCGUUUCCGCGCCGGCGACGUGCUCGUGUUCAAGUACAACCCGUUGGUGCACAAUGUGGUAGCCGUGAACGCCGCCGGCUACAACGGCUGCUCGACUCCGCGGGGCUCCAGGGUCUUGACCUCCGGCAAAGAUCGCGUCACGCUCGCCAGGGGGAGGAACUACUUCAUCUGCAACUCCGUCGGCCACUGCCAGUCCGGGAUGAAGAUGGCGAUCGUUGCUGCUUAACAUCGAGUGAUAUGUAUGAAGCAAGUAGAAGCGUUAAGAAGGCAGGUGUACAAGAAAAAAAGCUUAGGCUAGGGGUGAUGAUGGUACUGAAUAAAAAACGCUCAGUGGCCAUGAACGUCGUUGUAUGCAAGCUUCGGCCAAUGGCGUAUCGCUAAUGUCAGUUGUAUGUUGUUGUUGACAUUCAAGCUUUGAGUUCUCCGUUA